CACGUUAUAUAUAAUCAUACAGAGAUACUCUUACAUUGCUCUAGUUCUUUUUGUCUUGCCUCCUCUGUGUAUUCAUUCCUUCUCUCUCACUCAUGGCUCUCUCCGCCACCUUCGUUAAGACAAACCGUUCUAUACUACCAUUUCACCAAAAUUCAAGUCCAAACCAUGGUCGCAUAAAACAGUUGUGUGUGAGGGCUUCAGCAAGUAGCUUGGAUGACGACGAGGACAGAACAGUUGUAAGGAAAGAGAAAGAUGGGUGGAAGAUCAAAUUCUCAAGCCAGAAACCAGCAACUCCCUUGCUGGAUACAAUCAAUUAUCCUGCACAUAUGAAGAAUCUAUCCUUACAGGAUCUUGAACAACUCGCUGCAGAGCUAAGGGCAGACGUUGUACAUAGUGUAUCAAACACUGGGGGGCAUCUUAGCUCAAGCUUGGGAGUAGUGGAAUUAACAGUAGCUUUGCAUCAUGUUUUCAACACACCUGAGGACAAGAUUAUAUGGGAUGUAGGGCACCAGGCAUACCCACACAAGAUUCUCACAGGUAGAAGGUCCAGGAUGCACACCAUUAGGAAAACCUCGGGACUAGCUGGUUUUCCAAAAAGAGAAGAGAGCGUAUAUGAUGUUUUUGGGACAGGGCAUAGUUCUACAAGUAUAUCUGCCGGUCUUGGCAUGGCAGUUGCAAGGGAUCUAUUGGGAAAGAAAAACAGCAUUGUCUCGGUGAUUGGAGAUGGAGCAAUGACUGCUGGCCAGGCUUAUGAGGCCAUGAAUAAUGCAGGGUUCCUUGACUCUAACAUGAUAAUUAUACUUAAUGACAACAAGCAAGUUUCUUUGCCUACUGCUACUAUUGAUGGUCCUGCAACUCCAGUUGGAGCCCUCAGUAGUGCCUUAAGCAAAAUUCAAGCAAGCACCAAAUUCCGCAAACUUAGAGAAGCUGCGAAAGGCAUCACAAAGCAGAUAGGAGGAACAACACACCAACUUGCAGCAAAGGUAGAUGAGUAUGCAAGAGGUAUGAUCAGUGGUUCUGGUUCUACACUUUUUGAGGAGCUCGGCUUAUACUACAUAGGCCCUGUGGAUGGUCACAACAUUGAAGAUCUUGUCACCAUUUUGGAAAAGGUGAAAGAAAUGCCUGCCCCAGGUCCAACAUUGAUUCAUGUUGUGACAGAAAAAGGGAAGGGAUACCCCCCAGCAGAAGUAGCUGCUGAUAAAAUGCAUGGUGUGGUUAAGUUUGUACCAACAUCAGGUCAUCAAUUGAAACCAAAAUCAUCCACACUUACAUACACUCAGUACUUUGCCGAGUCAUUGAUAAAAGAAGCAGAAAUAGACAAUAAGAUAGUAGCCAUUCACGCAGCAAUGGGUGGCGGGACAGGUCUAAAUUAUUUCCAUAAAAGGUUUCCAGACCGCUGCUUUGAUGUGGGGAUAGCUGAACAACACGCAGUUACAUUUGCAGCUGGUUUAGCAGCAGAAGGUCUCAAGCCAUUUUGUGCCAUUUAUUCAUCAUUUCUGCAACGUGGAUAUGAUCAGGUGGUCCAUGAUGUAGAUCUUCAGAAACUACCAGUACGAUUUGCUAUGGAUAGAGCUGGUUUGGUUGGAGCAGAUGGACCAACGCAUUGUGGGGCAUUUGAUAUCACAUACAUGGCCUGCUUGCCCAAUAUGGUGGUCAUGGCUCCAUCAGAUGAAGCUGAGCUGAUGCACAUGGUUGCAACAGCAGCAGCCAUAGAUGACAGACCAAGCUGCUUUAGAUUUCCAAGAGGCAACGGAAUUGGAGCCAGUUUGCCCCUCAAUAACAAAGGAACUCCACUUGAGAUAGGAAAGGGCAGAAUUCUGAGACAAGGGAGCAGAGUUGCUAUUUUAGGAUACGGUUCUGUAGUUCAGCAAUGCUUGCAAGCAGCACAAAUGCUCAAACCACUAGACAUUUCUGUGACAGUUGCUGAUGCUAGGUUUUGCAAACCUUUGGAUACUGAUCUCAUAAAGCUAUUAGGUAAGGAGCACGAGUUUCUCCUUACAGUGGAAGAGGGUUCUAUUGGAGGUUUUGGUUCACAUGUUUCACAUUUCCUAAGUAUAGUUGGCCUCCUGGAUGGACCACUGAAGUGGAGACCUAUGAUGCUUCCCGAUAGAUACAUUGAACAUGGAUCACCACAAGAUCAGACAGAAGAAGCAGGACUUUCAUCAAAGAACAUUGCCGCAACAGUCUUGUCUCUUCUGGAAAGGCCAAAAGAAGCUCUAUUGUUCAAGUAAGAACACAAACGGAUAAGAAUUUUUACCAGGGACCUGAAAGACAAAUCAUAUUCUUAGAAGAGUCCAUAUAGGUUUUGUGGUUAAGUAAAAGUUGCUAAUAGAUACCCUUGUGAAAUUAUGCAACAGAAAUAAGAGAUGCCGAUAUUAACCGAGUACUGCAACAGAAAUCAUGCAAAUGGAAAAAUUAAAGACUCAAAUUUGCUGGUCAACUUUUCAAUAAUUGAACCCAGUCACAAACCUCUUUGAAAGUGGCGAAU